AUGUCGAAUUCAAUACUUUCCGCUUCCGCGAAGGGAGCCACCUUUCUCAUCCUCCUGCAGGUGGCUUCUCGGGCGCUGACGUUUGCUGUCAACCAGGUUCUGUUGAGGUUCCUAUCACCAGAGCUAUUGGGCGUGUCAGCUCAGCUUGAGCUCUUUUCCAUCUCUGUGUUGUAUUUUGCGCGCGAGAGUCUGCGUGUGGCUUUACAGCGUCAGGCACAGGGAACGCAGGCAAUCGUCAACCUUUCGUAUCUGGCUGUCUUGUUCGGCACGCCUCUGGCGUAUCUUCUCGCGCUACUAUGGCUUCGAUCUGAUACGCCGCAUGUCCCGUACUUUGUGGAAGCGUUGGUUGUGUAUUGUCUGGCCACAUUCUUGGAACUGCUCAGCGAGCCGGCGUUUUCGGCUGUGCAGCAGAAGCUGCUUUACAAGAUUCGAGCGUCGGCUGAGAGUUCUGCUACUUUACUACGCUGCGUCGGUACAUGCGGCUCAGCGAUCUUGGCUAGUCGAGCUGGUCUGGACAUCGGAGUCUUACCAUUCGCUAUCGGACAGUUGGCGUACGCCUUGGCUUUGCUCAUUGUAUACUCGUACAAGAUGUGGCCUGUUGCAAAGACUGAUGGCUUUUCACUGUUUCCGGAAAGAGUGCCAUCAACUCAGGAGAGUCCGACCUUGAUGAACUACUUUUCGACUCCUCUUUUGCGACUGACUGCGUCUCUUAGCCUGCAGUCGGCUUUGAAGUAUGUUCUCACCCAGGGAGACUCUCUUCUCAUCACAACACUGGCAUCUCUCGCAGACCAAGGUGCUUAUGCGCUUGCCUCGAAUUAUGGAGGUCUCAUUGCACGUAUGCUUUUUCAACCUAUUGAGGAAAGUAGUCGCAACAUGUUUGCAAAACUAUGCGCGAACGUAGGAUCGUCGCCUGCAACUGAGAAGAAAGACCUGAAGAAGUCGGACGAACAAAAGCAAAACCUUGCUCAAGCUUCUAGGGUCUUGAGCACCAUACUUCGUCUCUACGGAAUCAUUUCCUUAUUUGCGGUCACGUUAGGACCUGAAUUAGCUCCUGUUCUCCUUUCCAUCGUUGCUGGGCAGAAGUGGUCUGCGACCUCAGCUUCGAAGGUACUGUCAACGUACUGCUACUACAUACCUUUCCUUGCUAUCAAUGGAGUGACGGAGGCUUUUGUAGCCGCGGUUGCCACCAAUAAAGAGCUCUAUGCACAAUCUGUUUCUAUGGGCAUCUUCUUCGCACUUUUCGCGAGCAGUGCAUGGUUCUUUAUUGGGCAGCUCGAGAUGGGAGGCACCGGCGUGGUACUCGCAAAUACGGUCAACAUGGGCCUGCGCAUUGUGUGGAACACGUGGUUCAUCAGGAAGUUCUUUGCGGGAAACGGCUCCGAGUUCAAUGCACUCGAGACGCUGCCUUCCCUUACUGCCGUGGCACCCGCUAUCGUCAUACCUACACUGAUGCGAACGAAACCUGCAAUCAGAUUUCUUGGAAGGCUUGGUGUGCUUGGAGAGCUGAUCAGUAUGGGUGCAGUGGGUGGUGUCUACGUUCUGCAUGUUCUUUUCUUCGAGCGACAGUUUCUUGUCGACUGCUAUCGCAUGCUUCGGCCGUCACGUGCGCAGCAACCCAAGAGAUCGACGUGA